AUGACCGAACGGGAACCUGACGACUCAACGCAGCCGCGCAAACGGAUUGCGGUAGCUUGCGGCCGUUGCAGGAAGAGAAAGAUUCGAUGCAGCGGAGAGAAUGAGAAUGGCGGCCAGUGUUCGAACUGCAAGAAUGCGGGUCAUGAACCAUGUCUCUUUUUGAGGGUCUCUUCAACCGAGACGCCGAUGAGGGACGGAGGUGAUUUCGGCUACAAUGUCGAGGCUGCCCGUGCCUAUCAUGCUCGAGGGGCCGUCUCUCCUCACAAUACCGUUUCCCAGUAUGCCGACAUGUCUACGGGAGAUAUGAUGGCUUAUCGAGGCGGCACAUAUCCUUCGUACAGUAGCAAGGGAUACUAUUCAACCGUUUCAGGGUGGGGAGGAGCCUAUCCUGAGGAUGGAGCUGACUACAGCCUCAACUACUCUUCAUACCCACACUUGAACCAAGAUCCUGUCCAUUUGGUCCAUGGGUAUCGAUAUGGCUCCAGCAGCAAGGCUCCUGUCUACGUCGAUACAGAAGCAUCCACCUACUCCUAUGGCAACCUGGUGCACCGUCCAGCUGCGAACAGCGACCUGCCAAAUUUCUCCUUGUCUGGCAUGGCAGCAUCCCUCCCUACACCAUCCGACCGCUUGCCCAGCGCCAGCCGCACACUGCCCAGCUCCUCCUCUUACCGAGCGGAUGGACUGUCAGGAUCAUAUUCGGGGAGCAAGGCCUCUACUUCACAGUCAUCGGAUGUGGGAUACGGCAGCUUUGACUCCUACGGUGCAACAGCAACCCUACCAUCCAACUUAUCUACUCGAUCGAGCCAGUCCGAAGCUGGUGGAUACGACUCGGCUUCAGGUGCCGCGGAUGACGGACUCUACGGAUCCGAACACCCCUCCUACCGAUCUGUCCACGCAACCAACAGCUACAUAUACAGCGACAGACUCGAUAGCUCCCGACGGGACUCCCAAUCCAGCGGCGGAGCCAGUACCGGUUCCAUCCUCUCUAAUGGCCAAGUUUACCUCCCCGAGUCUCAGCCCCAUGCCGUAGCUCACGGAUAUCCGGUUUCUGGUGCAGCUACCGACUCCCAGGCCGGAGAGGUCGAAACAGCUACGGCAGCAACAGGCGCCGGUGGAAGCCGUGCGACGUCGCGAGUCCCAACGGGUAGGGACCGUCGGGCUGCAGGCAGUCUGCGGGGCAUAUAG